CACAACCACACUGGCCGGAAAGGUGGGGCGAUGGAUUGCAAGGUACAAGUAUGGGCAGUAGACAUAUCAGAAUUCAAAUUAUGGAAAAAUGACAAUAUCAAAGAUGAUGGUUUAAUCGAUUCAUUCUUGCCUACCAAAGAAGAACAAGAUAAAGUCAGGAGAUAUGUGCGAGAAAUUGAUCAAAUUCGAUCUUUGACAGGCAAGAUUUUGGCACAUUAUGCAGUCUGUUCUACAUUCGGAGAUACUAUUUGGGGCGAUAUUCGAUUUCAAGUAGGUCAGUCAGGUCGACCUUACCUUGCAAAACCACAACACGCUUUCGACUACAAUAUCACGCAUGAUGGAGAUUGGGUAGCAAUCGCGUUUGCAAGACGGCCUUCCCUUCAACAAUCUCCACCUUUUUUCACUUCGAUCGGAAUUGAUGUGAUGGAAGUCCACCUGCCUUCAUUCGAACAGGAUGCUGAAUCUUUUGUUGAAACAAUGGAAAUUACGCUGACCGAAUCUGAACGGAAAUGGAUUCUCGAUACUCAACCUGAAGAUAGCAUUGCUUUGGUAAAUCAUCAGGGUGUCUCUGGGAUUGAAUACCAAAAUGCACAGGAAUCGGAACGAUUGCGACGGCUAUACACACUUUGGACGUACAAGGAAGCAUUCACGAAAGCGCAUGGAGUUGGACUUUCAUUUGAUUUCUCUCGUCUUGAACUUGCCAUGUGGAAUAGACACACACCUCAAUCUUCAAUACUGUCAAUACAACCUGCACAAAGCAAAGGCAAUCGUGAUGUAAAUGCAAGCGACAUUUCAGAUACCCAAAACUGCCACUUUGACGAAAUCCACUUACCGCCAGGGGAGUUUCAUCGAAGCGUCUAUCUAGGAAAGGAGACCAUCAAAGGUGGAGGGACAGGUUCAGGUUCAAUUCUGGUGAUUUGCUCACGCAAAGAUGAAUUACAGGUGUCACAGGUACCGCAUUCAGGAAUGACUGCUAGCCAAGCUGAGAAAGAAGGUCUUGUAAAAAUGUGGACAUUAGAGGAACUGAUGGUAAAGUCAAAAGAAUGUAUGAAUGGAACCACAAAGGCAGGAUGAUCAACAUCGAACAUGGUUCUUCCAAGAAAGCUGAAAU